UGUAUGUGACUCAGAUGCUACCUUUUCAAAGAAAUGGUCGCCCAUCCUCUACACUCUUACCUACGUCCUUGGAUUUGAGCUGCAGGAUUUUUAGAUUCGUAGAACGGAAAAUUAGAAAUUCAGGAUGCAAUUGGGAUUUCAAGCGUGCUCGAGCAAGUUCAAUUUGUUUAUCUCUGUGUUUCCAAUGGAUUUAUACAGACCAAUAAAAAUUGUUUUCCAGCUUUUUUCCAAGGCUGCUUGAACACGUAAGAAAAAACAAGUGACGAACGCCAACCACCAAACCAUCUUCGUUCCAGCACUACACAUCGUCUCAAAUGACCAGCCAGAAGGAACUAGAUCACGUCGGAAACAAGGCCAGUACAAAAACCCUCUGAGAUCUACCUGUCUAAUCAGGAUAACGUUACGGUUAUUCCAUUAACGUGAAUUCUGUAGUUUUCUAUCCGUGCGUAGUAGACUAUGUCAUGUGUCGUUUUACAUUAUUAAGGUUUUCCCCGGUAUGGUAUUUCCUAACGGAUCAAGGGUAGGCUUCAUUGAAACGUAAACGAGCUGUAUUUUGGGAACGUGAAUCUUUCUGGGAAACGUGUACAUUGAUUUAAGGCAAAAUUUUGUUAAAGCAGUUUUCACAUCUGUUUUUUUUAUUAUUUUCUGUGGGGUUGGUGCGGAAUUGUGUCAUCCUAACUCGCUGGAUCGAUAACUUCAGAGACAAGGAAAGCAAAUGACGUUCGAAGAUUUUCAAUUUUUUUCAAUAGCUGGCAACAGACUUAUUAGGCCUUAUUUUUUUAGAUCCAUUUUCCCUCCGAUUUCAAAGUUUGAGAGUUUCCAAUAGUUCAAUCAUUAUCAAAUAGCACAUACCAGAAGGUGGGCACAAUGAUACAGUGCGCAGGAACUAAAGGUACUACUUCCCGAAAUUCCCAGUCACAACGCGCUACUAUUACCAAUGCCCUCAUUAUUAUAUUCCAUCAAGAUAAUGUAGCACUGCUCGCAAGAAGCCAUCCGCAUUAUGUUUUGACUUGACAAAAGCACCUAAAUAUGCCGUCGAUCCGUUUACCAGCAGACAGGUGCAUUUUCCAGCUGUGAUUUUAACGAUGCUUCGCUACCCUUCAAUCGUAUUUAAUUCACAGAUCAUGCCGAGUAAAAAGCAACAGGCUGCUUACAAUUUUUCUUUGCAGCUGUUUAUUUCCUAGUUCGUAUGGAAAACCUAUUCAAAAAUGUUCUUGCAGGCUGCCUUUUCAUUUUUCAUUUCUUAUUUCUAUAUUGAUAUGAUGUAGAGCCCGUCUUUGCGAUCAAUUUUUUCCAAGUACCAUGUCUUAUACUGUGAUACUCUGAAGAAUUCCCAGAAACAUUUUUUUUAUUGAAGAGAUUUGCUUAGCAAUGGAGACGAAAAUCUGAUAGGAAAUCACGACUUGUAUCAGUGAUUUAGAAAGGAUUGGUCGUUUCUCUUCCUUCAUUGAAUGGCUUAGCUCUGAAUAACGCACAAUGAACUUUCUUUAUGUUGGACAUACCCGAAUGAAUGGAUUUGAGCAUAUGUCGAAAUGGUAUCACAAUAAGACGAUUAAAUAUUUUUACCUAAAUGUUUUCUAAUUUAUAGCGUCUAUUUUCAUAGCGAAAAUAAUUCUCGAUCGUAAAUGAUGGCUAAUGUACCGGUCGUUCACCGACCCGUUAGUUCGAGGGUUUGGUGCUCGUGUAAAUGCGGAUGAUUCCAAAUUUAAUUCAAGUUGCGUGACGACGUCAUCAAAAAAUGUCGAAGGUGAACCGUGAGUUGCUUAAGCGAACUUCUUUUCUGCGGCUCUAUUCUUUUUGCAUCAGAAAAUCAACAGGAAACUGUGAAGACAAAAAUGUGGGUCGAGUAAACAAUUCGGCCGUUUGACACAAUGGGCAAUUAUUACACCCACUUGAGUCUAAUUUUGUGAAGACUAUCUGCACUCGUUAGCAUGCCUUAUUGCCUGGGUCAAAUGAAGAAAUUGUUCGUCGUUAAAGCUCUUCUUCCAUUUGCAAGUGGAACGAACUAACGAGAAAUUCUUUUCAAAAUGGUAACACCCGUUUUUGUAGCAUCGGAAACGCUAAUACCUUGGGCAUUCUGCGUUCAUCAGCCUCUUUAAGGGUUAAUAUCAAACGUUGUUUUUCUUAAACGUAAAAAAAAAUUCGCCUCCACAGUCAAAGGUGGCCUUGCGGCUAUAACGGGCAUACGAUUUAACAAAUAUUUUCGAUUGUAGCCCAAGCGUUUGAACUCGCACUUGCAAAAAGUAUAAAAGGGACUAAGAAAAUGUUGCCCAGUCUAAAUAGUUUGAACGCAUUCAGGAUAUUCGGUUGUGUUCUGCUCUGCUCGUCGUCGGGGAAAUAAAGGGUCACAAUCAUCAAACCCUUACACAGGAUUUGAAAAAUGAAACGAUUUAAAUCUUUGAAUCCAUUUUUACUUCAAACUUUCCUCUUCGUUUUAUUGCUGUCUGAAAUAUUCGGUCUGCCACAUUGUGUCAAAAGGGGAAAACGUCAGACAUCUGGUGACGUCAUUGAAGAAAAGCUUUCGGUAAAAAGCAGCGAUUCCGGGAAGUUGGAUGAUCCCCACAUCGGGAAAGACGUCGAUAAAAAACUGGAAAAGCCAAGAUGGCUGGGCGGUGAACUCUACGUAUCGAAUAAAGAACAGAAAAGAAUUCUCAAAAAUCUCGGAGCUCAUUACAAGAAAUCGAUGGAACUGGCACAGAGUCUUUUGACGGACAUCGUAGAGAUAUGGUGGCGCAUAGAAGAUACUUCCAAAGACGCUGAUCCGAUAACAGAUGGGCCGGACUCGUAUAACCUGGCUGAUCUGCUGUUACUCGCAAAGGAUAGCGGACUAUGCCAUGAAACUCAUACUCUACCGUCUUCUGAAGAUGAAGAUAAACCGAAACCUGUUGGCGGUUCAGAUGUCAACGAAACAUUGUCGGAGAACCAAGACCCUCAGUUAGAGAGCAGUUUAAUUUCAAACACGACCGUCCUUCAGCCACCGAAGAAGAGCGAAACUAAAGAAGAUUUAGUGAGACAUCUCAAAUCGUUGGGCGAUGAACUGGAACAGAGCGAUCAGGAACUUCCGCCGAAACUUUUAACUGAUUUCAAAGAGGCGUGGCUUCGUAUUGCCAAUAAAUCAAACGAGUUCUUUGACGUACGCAUUCCUCAGUCGAGACUGGAAGAAGAAGACUUGAGAACUUACACGGCCCGACUUUUAUUCCUUGCCAAUGAUCGGCCGUGCGAGGCACCGGAUGAAACGUUCUUCAAAGGCCAUUGUCUUCUUCUCGGUCAGACUGAUCAUUGCCCUGAAAAUAUGGAGAUGAAUGAUGGACCGAAGAACCAAGGAUUCUGUGACUGUGCGCCUCUGGAUCCCACCAAAGAAAAAUCCGAACUUCGGGUUGUUUUUUCAGUCCAGAAAAAGAAAUGCUAUCCGCAAAAUACGCAGGGUCCUUGUCCGAACGGGCAGUGGUUUGUGCUCAAGAACAACAUCCCCCAGUGUGAAGAGAAUUCCGGUGGAUGUCCUACUGAUGGCCGGCACGUCUACUGGAGUCCGGAUGCAGGAGUGCUGAUGGCUAAAAAAUGCUGGGAAAUUGGAACGAAAGGGCCGUGUGAUCCGGACGAAAGACUACACCUGAGGCAAGACACUGGAGAUGUUGAGGUUUAUUGCGAUCGUAAUUUAGUCAGCGUUUUAUCGUCUGUAAUUAUUCCGCCCGUUCCAGCAUAUCGAGCUGCAUGUCAAGCAGGUAGUUACCGUAAGCAACGAUUGAAAUGCGAAAGGCCAUUCCUGUAAAGCAAACAUUCUGAUGAAGUUUCUUUAAAGUGAUUCGUUUAAGUCUAAAAGCCAAUCAAAUACCCGUUACGUGUUGUUGGCGUGUACUUCAUUAUCUUAUCCUUCCAUGCUGUAUCUUGGGAAAUGUAAAAUGUACGCCGUAGUUGGUGUUUGGGAACGUCUGCAAAUAAAGAAAAUGCGAUCGUCGUUCGCAUUUAGAACAA